GGCACCCAGCUGUGUUUGGAUAAAUGAAGCUAGUUAAAGAGCUAGCUGCUGCUGCGCUCAUUCAUUAACCAGACUUACCCUGCUAACGUAACCCGCCGGCUCCGUGGAUACUGGGAUUCUCUGACGGUGCCUGUGGGAUCUGUAACCGGCACCCCGCUGGACGACAACACCGAUAUAAACCGGACAGAUUAAAUAUUCAGCGCUGAUAACCUCCGGAACCUGGGGUUAGCUAACGACUGUAGCAGCUAACGAGCUAACAACAACAUCAACAAAGCUAAAGUUAGCAGGUUAGUGUCUCGUAAGCAGGUUAGUCUGGUUGUUUCUACAGCGAUUAGUUAGAUUUUAAAUAAAUGUUUCAAUGUUUAUUUUUAAUGCUAAUUUUAUGAUGAUGCUUUGAGCUUCAUUUUAAAAACACCAUUAUCAUUAAUCUGAAAAGCACAGACUUUCUACAUUUAAUUUCAUUAUUUUUUAUCUUUAAUUUGUUUUUUUAAAUGAAAAAUCAUUGAUCUGAAUAUUUAUGUUUUUAUUUCAUUACAAUUUUUUUAUGUUUCUAAUUUAUUAGAAUGAAAUCAUGUCAGUUAUAAUAACAAUAAUAAUAAUGUAAUGAUAGUAAUAUAAAUGACAAAAAUAGUAUUAAUGAUAAUAAUUAUAACAACAAUAAUAAAAGAGUAUAUAUAUAUAUAUAUAUAUAAAACGAAGACAAUAUAAUGAAUUUCCCUUUGGUAUCAAUAAAGUUCUUUGUCUUCUUCAUAAUAAUGACAACAAUAAUAAUGAUGAUAAUAGUAAUAAUCAUAAUAAUGAUGAUCGAUAGUUAUACAAAUAAUGAUAAUAGUAACGAUAACAAUUAUAAUAAUUAUGUUCUUAGUGUAUUCAAUAUUCCAAAUAAUGUAAGAUAAGAAGAACUUUAUUGAUCCCCCCAAAGGGAAAUUUAACAUGUUAAAUAUUGAGUGUAUUUUUAUUUCUAAUAUUUUUUAAUUCUAAUAUUUCAUAUCAUGUCUCUGAACAUUUGUAUGUUUAUUUUAUCUCUUGAAUGUUUUUAAUCCAAGAGAUGUAACAUAAUUCUUUUCUUUUAUAUUUUAGGUAUCAGAGAUGUCAGAGUCCGGAGAGCUGAUUAUGGUCACGGUGAAGACUCUGGAUUCUCAGAGUCGGACCUUCAGAGUCUCAGGAGAGGUACCUGAAGCUGAAUCCACCUCGAUUUACACCAGCUCAGUUUUUACAGAACCGGUGCUUUACAUAUAAAGAUUGACUAAAUGAUUCACCUGCCGGGUGACCAGGGUUAUGUCCAGAGGGCCCCUUCUGUAAUUGAUUGGCUGUCUGAUAAUCCUCCCGACUAAUGACUGAAGGGUUGGGACUAAACAUGAUUCUGUUUUUGUUUCUGUGGCUCUAACAGUGAAUCAGACCCUCAGUGUGUUUACACGACAUUAAAAAUUAAACUUAAUAAUUGCACACCAUAGUGAACCAGAUCAUCUGGUGUAAAUGCAGGAAAACUGGCCCUGGUGUUCUGCCCAUGCUCUGGAGUUUGUUCUUUAACCUGGAAGUUGAGUAGCAUCCAAUCAUAGAAGAGGAGGCCAGGUAGACAACAUGGACCUCAUCUGUACCAAAGUAAAGCAGAAAGCCUGUGUGAAAGACCCCUUGACAGUUCUCCAUGUUCUCUCUGUUUGAUCUAAAACCACUGAGCCUCUUGCUGGCUGGUUUGUUGAUUGUUUUGGUUUGUGAUGUGGAAGGUCAACAGGAAGAUGGUACAAUUGUAAUGACCUGAAGGUGGCAUUUAACCACUGACUGCAGCAGAGGACACACUUAAGUCAUUUUGACUGCAGACCAGUGAAACCAUCAUAUACUAUCAUAUAAACACAUUGAUUAAUAUUUCCUUCCACCUGUAGGGGUCACUAGAGUUCAGUUCAGACAUUCUUAUGGAUCCUUAUAUGAGUGUCUUUAACUUUGUCUUUAACCCUGAUCAUUACAAAUAUUUCUAGGUCUGAUCUUUACAGAUGGGACCUGAUCAUUUCCACCCCCCCUCUACAUAUGGACACGCCCCUGCUAACCUGAGUGCGUGUGUGUGUGCGCAUGCGUGCAUGUGUGGGGUGUGUGUCCUCAGCUGACAGUGAGGCAGUUCAAGGGGCACAUCGAGACCUCAGUGGAGAUUCCUGUGGACAAACAAAGACUCAUCUAUCAGGGCCGAGUGCUGCAGGAUGAACGCACACUCACCGAAUACAGUCAGUGGAACACACACACACACACACACACACACACACACACACACACACACACACACACUCUCUGUCUCUUUCUGUCUCUCUGUUGCACAAGUCCAUAUAUUAUAGAUCUAACCUGUGACAACUUCAGACUAAAAAGUGAUUCAGGAUUUUGAAACGAGAUCAACAGGACAGUCGGUCUCUCUAAAAACAUCACUUCCUGUCCCCUCUCUGUGUCUCCUUAGAUGUGGACGGGAAGGUCAUCCACCUGGUGGAGCGAGCCCCCCCUCAGGCCUCCAUGAACGGCUCAGGUGGGGCAGGUGUGUCCUCUGGGGGGGAAGAGGGUGGAGUUAGCAGCAGCAGUCACACCUCCACCUCUUCCCAGCACUCACCUCAUGACCGCAACGGCAACAGCUACGUGAUGUUGGGGACAUUCAACCUGCCUGUCAACAUCAUGGACCCCCAGCAGAUACAGGUGAGGGAGGGUAUGUGUAUUUGUGUGAGGGGGGUCAGGUUGGUUCAUUGUAACAGCAUAAGUUAGUGUGUUUGUUUGUGUGUUUCAGAUGUCGGUGCAGCAGAUGAUGUCUGGAGUGGGUGAGGCAGGGAGGAGCAGCAGAGUAAGCAGCAGCAUGGGGGUAACAGCUCUUAGUUCACACUGCAUCUCUUGAAUUAAUCAGAUUCAUUUAUUCAUAUAGCCUAUUGGUUUAUUUAUUGAUUGUUCAAUUCAGUAGCGGGUUAGUUAGGACUUUUGUCGAUCACCUGCUCUAGACUGUCUCCUGGGUCUGAGCUGAUUUUGUGUCUCAUAUUUUCAUCCUGCUCCGCGCUGAGAUUCAUAUGUGACGACAAAGAGAAAACAAUAUUACAGGCAUGCAUAUGUGUGUGUGUGUCUGUGUGUGUGCGUGCAGGGUAACAGCUCUGUUGACGUCCAGAUUAAUGUGGAUCCUGCUGUUCAGAGUGAGUCCAGGAUGAGGCUGCAGCUGGCUGAGAACCUGCUGAGAGACGCCUGCUCUCUUAUCCACAGACUGGAGGUAAAAUUCCUGAUAGUAUCGAUCGAUUUCGACUUGAUUUUACCUGCAUAACCCACCUGAAACAGACUGUCUCUCAGUGUAUAACAGCCCCAGAGUUUCGAUAUAGCACUACAUUUCCCAUCAUGCUUUGAGAUAAAGAGGAAGUGUUCUUUGAGGCUGAGAGCUGAAUUAAUUUGAUGUAACACUGAUGAUGAACAUAAAUGUGUUAUUAUGUGUUUCUGUGUCUCAGGGAGUAUCCAGUGAUUCACAGGCCCUUCCCUCCUCUUCUUCCCCGCCUCCUCCCCCUCCCUCCUCCUCCUCCUCCUCCUCUGAUGGCGGAGCUGCAGCCUCACAGUCCAUGGAGUCCAGCUCUGCUCUGUCCUCCUCCACCUCUACCCAGACUGAGGGAUCAGCCAGCAGCUCAAAGUGAGUCGGAUACAGAUCCCUCAGAACCGGCAUUCAGUUCAGGACAUCAUUUCCAGAAUCAUUGAGUCUGUUUUGAAAUUGUUGUUGUUGUUGUCACGCUGACUCAGAGACAUUUUUCACAUCAGACGAUUCUGCACAAAAAAAAAAAAGAAAUAAACAACAUCGAUCUUGUCUGAAUAUUUAUUUGAUUAGUCAGCUGUCUGCAGCACACUGCACUGAUGGCACAUUCUGGAUAAAUUGUCUGUGUGUCUUCAGCCAUCCCAGUCCUGCUGAGUUUGUGGAGGUGCUGUCAGAGGUGAGGAGGGUGGAGGAGAGGCUGCGACCGUUCAUAGAGAGAACACACUCCAUCCUGGGAGCAGCAACGUCUGCAGACUACAACAACAAUGUAAACACACACACACACACACACACACACACACACACACACACACUGUCCAUCUGUCAAUCACAGACACUCCACUUAUAGAAUGAUUUCAAACUUCAGCUCCUCAGAUAACAGGAUGUGUCGGUGUGUCCUCACAUGUUUCUUUGUGUCUUCCUGUUUAGACAGAGGAGAGGGAAGAGGAUCAGCGCAUCCUGAAUCUUGUUGGUGAUAUCCUCCGUCUCCUUGGUAACACCUUGGUCGUCUUGGGAGACUUGCGCUGUAACCUUGCUGCUCCGCCUCCUCGUCACCUGUAUGUGGUCCGACCUAUCACCCACCUGUCCCACCCAGUCCUGGUCCAGGCUGGUCUGCCUCACAUUCCUCUACCAGUAGGUCCAGAGCUGGAUUAAAAUCUAAGAGGGAGAUGGUUAUUAUUCAUAUUACAGGGUUUAACUGUGAACUCACCGUCAGGUCAGAGUUAAAUAAUAAUUAUCACUAAUGUUUUGUGUUACUUAAUAAUAAAAAUUAAAUGAAAAUACAGAUUUAAUGGGGUUAACUCUUAAGGAAAGAUUCUGUAACUAAUCUGCAGUAGUGUUAAUUUGAUGUAAAAGUUACCUCAGAGUGCUGGAGUUAAGCUUUUACUUUUUAAAGAUUAUCUCAACUAUUACACAAAAGAUAAAACUUGAACUUUAAAAGUGAAGCUGGAUCAAGUGCUUCAUUAUUGAUCACCUGUCUCUGUCUGCAGCAGAUUAACCUGGGGACAACCGUCACUAUGACGUCCAAUGGGAGACAGACAGCUGAAGGACUGCCUCCUGAGACUGCAGGCCAAUCAGUUCAGCAAGCUUCAGGCCAGGUCCCGCCUCCUCCUUCUAAUGGGACCAAUCAUCAGGGAGGAGCGGGUGGACCCAGGGUGAUCCGGAUCACCCAUCAGACUAUGGAGCCCGUGGUCAUGAUGCAGAUGAACAUCGAUGGUAUGAAGGAAGAUAUGCUGUAAAUCCUCAAACCGAACAGACCGGAGCCUUCUUUUACUGCUGAGGGUACCAGGCCUGUGCUAUAGGCAGAUUUUUACAUUAAAUCCCUUUUGUGUUUACAGAUAAGUCAAUGAGAUAUUUUUUGAAUCUGUACCGCAGAGCAAAUGAUGUCUCUGUGGACCGGUGUGGUUUACAGAUAUUUAAGUGAGCCAUUGUGCCAGUAUGUGCACAAUAAUUCACUUCUACAUGACUUGAGUUAAGCCUUUAUUCACUCACAUGGGACUAGACCCGGCUUAGAUCAAGGGCCUUGCUGUGGAGUCAACACCAGAACUCAUUAAAGGAAUAUAGACCAUGUAUUGACAGUUUAUCACAGGGGGUUAGAAAAUUCAUCAGUACAGUAAGAAACAGAGGGACAUAAACAAUAAGGUCUAAGGUGAAGGUGAGUCUAAGUCUCUGUAUCUACAUGUCUGCUCUCUGUGUUUUAACAGGUGAUUCAGCUGCUGACUCUCAGGCUGCAGGUCAGACUGCUGCUGCAGGAACACCCCAGACAGGUGAGUCCCUCUGGUUAACAAUGAUACACUCCAUAAUUAUCAGACAGGUGUUUUUAUUAAAGACACCCCUCAUCAGUGACACCUCUCCCCCCUCAGGUCUCCCCCCUGAGUUCAUGCAGGCCAUCGUCCAUCAGAUAUCCCAGCAGGCGGCUGUCAUGGCUGCUGCAGCUUCAGGUGGACCUCCUUCUCACAUCACACCUGGAUCAGGAGCUGAAGGGACCACCUCCCAACAGCCCCCCCACCCGACUCAGGCCAGGGUGGUAAUCACCAGACCCUCCUUUCCCCCUCGCGUUCCCCCUCCCACAGGAAGCAGAGGAACCACCAUCAACUUGAGGGCCGCAGGGCCCCCUGCUGGACAGGUAAGAGAGAAACACACUGUUUGUGUUUUCAAACUGAUUCAAAAUUAUUAAAUUGAUUAUGAAAAAUAAAAUUAGGAUUUUGUUCCCUCUUGCCUUAGUUUGUUGAAAUGUUAUCAGUUUCACACUCACAUUUCCUUUCACCUACUCUGAUUUUUACAGAAAGUUUAUUUCCUUUUAAUUCCAAACUUUCUGAAUCCCGAGGUGAAUUCACGUUGUUAAGACCAGACGCCUUGUUUCCUCUGCUUGCCUUCACACAAGAUCAGUAUCCUGAUGGUGAAAGUCAGUGUUAGCUUGUUGUUAAUGUUGUCUUCCUCUUCAUCAGGCUCCUCCUCUUCCUCCCUCCUCCCUCACUCAGAUGAUCAGUGGUCUGGUGGGACAGCUGCUCACUCCAGGUCACACAGGUAAGUGUUCAAUGUAAGACUGAGUAAGGACAGGUCUACACCUGAUGGAUGGAUGGUAUAAAGAUCUUUUUCAAAUCUUGUCUCCUGCAGGAGAUCACAUGACCUCCUCCUCUUCAUCUGACUCCUCGACCACCUCUCCUCCGCCUUCUGCUACCUCAGCUCAGACCACUACCCACACCACCUCCACUUCCACCAUGCAGCCAGCAGAGGGAGCUGCAGAGGGAAACCUGGUCCAGUUCCUGGGCUCAUUGCUGGGGGGGGCAGCAGGAGGGGGAGGGGUCCCUGGGUCAAGCCCCGCCCCCUCCAUUACUGUGACUCUACCGGGGGGGCUGGGCUUCUUCCAGGGCAUGGCAGACUACAGCCAGGUGAGUCCAGGUGGGGACAGGUUGGAGGUGGGAGGAGUCAGACUCUCUGAUUAAUGGUCUGAUGAAAAUAAGGUUAACUUCGUAUUUCCUAUCAGCCUCCUACUAGCACUCCUGGAGCCCCACCUCCUCCUCAGCCUGUUAGCCCCGCCCCUCCUCAGCCUGGCAGUGGCGGGGACUCUCUUAGCCCGGAGCUGUUCACUGGCAUCGUGCAGGGCGUCCUGUCCACCAUGAUGAGCUCCCUGGGAGCCCAGCAGGGGCGUGGGGAGAGCAUCGCCCAGUUCAUCCAGAGACUGUCACAGACCAACAGCCUGUUCACCCCAGGCUCGGGGGAUGCUGUGGGUGAGUCUGGAGAUAAUUUCCUCUCUGUACCUCCGAUUAAAUAAAAGUUAUAUCUGGUUAUUGUUUCUGUUUCUCUCACCGAUCAACUGACCUCCUAGGGUCAAAGCAUCUUAAUACCAUCGCCGGAGAUCUGCCGCAAGCGCAGCGUCAAUCAGAUCCGCCGCGCUGACAAGGCGUUCCCAAGCACAUUUUGGUAUUUUGGUGAGCCGCGCAGCCCGGCGUAAGUAUCCCCCCUCCCUAACUCAGCUCCUCCCGGCAGCAUAAAUGAUAGAAGGGGAGGAGAGAGUGCGUAUAGGGGUUUAACACAGCCGAGACCUGUUUUCACCAAUCACAUAGGCUCCUUUCCUUGCCUUUAAAUCCGCCACAGGCGAGGCGUAUUACUAUUUUCAUGAAGUAGUCAAAGAGAUCAAGAGAUGUCUUAAGACAGUAAUGCCACAAGAUGGCGACAGAGGGCAGCUCCUCAACAAGUGUCCUCCACACUCUCUCAUAUGAGCACAGAUGGAUUUAGUGUGCGUAAUGUUGGACCCACUGGUAAGACAAACACCCUUUUCCACAAAUAAAGACACUCACAUAAAGUUGCUCAUAUUCAAACCUCACGUGACAAAGGUCGGUUGAGCGCACAGAUCACAACAUAAACUCCAAAAAUGGCAUAAAAAUCGGAACCAUCUGUGCGUAAAUGACGCAUCGCGCUCCGUGGCCUGGCUCUUUCUUUCAUAGAUGUUGGCAUAUAAAAUAAAUUUGGCCCACAAAACUGAAUAUUAUAAUAUCCGUAUGUCGGCUUAAAGUAGAUAACGCAUCUGAGCACUGAAACAAAUCAUCUGUUCAGCCGCAGCAGCAGCAAGACGGACAGAGGACACGGAGACGUGUCCAGGUUGAGCUGUGCGAGAAAUAAGAGGAAGAGGAAGAAAGAAAAGGAGGGAGACGAAUUACAUAUCUUGUUAACUUCAUCAUGUGUGUUUAUUUACUAGAUAUUUAAUUUAAUUUGAUGCGGUUUCAGCUGUGUUGAUUCGGUCAGGUUGUGUGUCCAAACGCGUGCCAAAUGCGCUCAUCAGAUCAGAUAUAGAUCAGAAUAUAUCGAUAUAGAUCCAAAUAUAUGUGCUGACUCAGAUUAAUAGUUGAUGAUGAUUACUUAUUGCACUGAAAUGUGCCUGACACUGUGGAAACCUGCCGGUGAGGCAUCAGUGACGUAUGUCGAUACGCCGCCGGUUCACCAAAAUACUACUGGACCAGCUGCGUUCCGCCUUGCGCUGAAAGCUGACCAGGUUUGAAUCGGCGAGCUUUCAGCGCACUUUACACGCCGGUGGCGAGCACGAAAAUGUCACUGCGCCUGCUGAUUCUGUCGACACCUCCCCCUGCCACACCACCACGCCCAGCUUGGCGGAUCUCGGCUCGCCUCCGUGCGGCUCAUGCCACGAAAAUACCAAAUUGGCCUUACGCUGGGCUCCGCCAGACGAAAAUACAACUGCGCGGGGCUCGCCGCCCUCCGCCGCCUCACCGGCACGAACGAAAAUAGAGCCCCUAGGGUCAAAGCAUCUUAAUACCAUAGACAUCUUUUAUGCUUUUUAACAAACAAAUCUGAGGUUAAAAUGUUAUUUAUCAGUCCUAAAGGUGUUCAGUAUGUCAACCUGUAAGAUAAAGGUAUGUUGGAGUAACCCUGUCAAUGAGGAGAACAUCACAAGAACAUCAGUUUCUGUUUUAAGGUUCAUACUGCUGAAGGAAGCCAGAGUGAAGCCUGAGAGACUAUUUACAGAGAAACUGAGACUCUCCACAGACAGAUGAACAGUAAACCAGAGUGAUUGGUCUGGUUCUGGUUUUGCUGAUGUUCUCCUGCUCUGGUUCUGGUUCUGGUUCCGCAGGGUUCUUUGGGGACCUGCUGUCUCUGGUGUGUCAGAGUUUCUCGAUGAUGGACAUGGUUCUGCUGCUUCACGGGAACGCUCAGCCUCUGAGCCGCAUCCAGCCCCAGCUCAGAGACUUCUUUACCGAGCACUACCUGCAGGGCCGAGAGCCCACAGAGGCCAACAUCUCGGUAUGUCUCACACACACAAGUGCACACAUACACACACAAUAAAGAUGUGAGGAGUGUGUGUGAAGCAGCUGUUGUUGUCUGUGUGUGUGUGUGUGUGUGUGUGUGACCCUGCUUUGUUCAUGAUAGGCUCGUACUAAAGUCUGUCUUUGUUUCCGAUCAGGCAGCAGCUGAGGAGCUCAUCAACGGGCUGGAGGAGUACAUCACUGACAGCUUUGUAAGGACCUCCCCUGACCAGUUAACACACUGAAUCCAGCUGUGUGUGUGUGUGUGUGUAUUUAAUCUUAAUCACCCUGAUUUGUGUGUGUUUAGGCCUCUGUUUCAGUCAGAGACGGGGUGGACAUCGUUCAGACUAACCUAUCCUUCCUCAGGCUGAAGUUCACUCAGAUGGCCUCUCACAUCCUGCACUGCUCAGGUGAGCACAGGUAGAGGGAGGGGCGUAAGUCUCACAUCACACUUUCCUCCACUUUGUAAACAUCACCACAACAUGUACACAAAAACAGCAACAGGAAACACAAUCCAGAUAACUGAAGCCAAAGCAGAGAAACUCCGCCCACUGAGAAUGACAACAUGACAUCUUUUGUAUGUGUGUGUGUGUUUUCCCUCAGAUCAGUCAUUUGGUCCUCGCCUGCUGCUGCUGUGUACUCAGGGUCUGUUUGAGUGUUUGGCUUUGAACCUGUACUGUCUGAGAGGCGAGCAGAGAGCACUGACCGCUGUCAUCAACCACAGGAUCGUAUGUAUAAACCACCCUUUAUGUAAAAAUAUACAUCGUAACACACAUCUACAAAUAUACAUACUGUACCAUACUGUAAGUUCCAACAGGUUAGUAACAUGACUGGAUAUAAAAGGACAUUUAGAGAAGCUGAGUCUCUGUGAAGGAAAGAUGGGAAGAGGUUCACCCCUCUGUGAGAGACUGUGUGAGCUAAUAGUUCAACAGUUUCAUUUUAGAGAUAAAACACAGCGAGAUGAGACUGAAACAUCCUAACUGUGACCGACUGUGUGUUCAUGUCUGUGUGUCUGUAGAGGAGAAUGUCUGCAGAGGUGAAUCCCAGUCUGGUGAACUGGCUCACCAGUAUGAUGUCCAUGAGGCUCCAUGUGAUCCUGGAUCACAACCCAGUUACUGAGGACCAGAUCCAGCACUAUGUCAUACACACACAGGUGAUCAUAAACACAAACACACGGGGUUAUACAGUGUGUGACAGUGUUACAACAGGUAUUGAGAGAUGUUAAGAUGUUAGUCGAUGUUAACAGACUGUAAUAGAUGAUAAUAGAUGUCAGUAGAUGUGAGUAGAUGCUAAAAGAUGUUAUUAGAUGUUAGUGGGUGAUAAUAAAUGUUAAUAGAUGUUAGUAAGUUAAUGAACCUUAGUAGAUGUUAAUAGAUUAGAGUAGAUGUUGACAUUAAUAGAUGUUAAUAGAUAUUAAUAGAUGUGUUAUUAUCGUUUAGUAAAAGUGUUAAAUGAUAAACUCUGUCCUGAUUUCUGGUUGGUCAGCGAGCUUUAACAGUGUUAGAAACAGGUCAAACUCUGAUCUGAUGAACUGAAUGAAAAAAGGUAUCAAUGUUGGACCUCUAGUAACCAGACUCACCUGUACUGUGUGCUUCCAGGUGAGUCAGAGGACUGGGGGAGAGGCUGACCCCUCCUCACACAGUCUGAACAUGGAGGUGAGUCUGACUUUUGACCUUUGAAUCAGCCUCUCAGUCUUGAGUCCGUCUAAAAGUACUCAUCCAAGCUGUGAGUUAUUAGACUCCUCUUCACCCCUCUUUCUCCAUACAGAUGGAGGGGAGUGUGUCUCUGGCUGCAGCCCCUACAGAGGGAGAGGAGGGGGGAGGAGAAAGGGGAGUGGCUCCAUCAGGAGACCCUCAGCUUCCUGCAGACCACCCAGUUCAGGGGGAGGAGGGGGAGGCCCCAGAGGAGGUUGAGACAUGGGCAGCAGCUGUCCCACCUGUAAGACAAACACACAAAAGCACACGGGAUAAUCUAACUGUUAUACACUUAAUCAAUAUUAAAGAAUAAAAGACACAUGUCUAAGUGUUACUGAUCUGUGUGUGUGUGUGUGUGUGUGUGUGUAUUUAUGUAUGUUUCAGGAGUGGGUUCCAAUCAUCAGACAUGACAUGCUCUCUCAGAGGAAGAUUAAAGCUCAGCCCCCCCUCUCUGACGCAUACCUGCAUGGCAUGCCAGCCAAGAGAAGGAAGGUGAGAACACACAUUCACCCACACACGAUGAAAUAUACUGAUGUGCAGUGGCUCUGUCACUUUAAUGCAGCUCCUCGUGUAAACUCACAAACAGACUCUGAUGUCUGUGUAGAGUCUGCCUCUGUGUGUCACAUGCAGGUUAAGCAGAAUGUGACUUUAGUCCACAGAAACGCUUGAUUUAAAGACAGGGUUGUCCUCUUUGUCUCAGUGUCUGUCAAUGUUGUGUUAUGUCUAAGAAAGGAGCGAUAUCCCAACAUGAUCAUUAUCUUCUUUAGUGUGAAACAGCUCGACUCAAAAUGUGGUUCUAUGGUUUAAAAGCUCUCUGUGCUACAUCAAUGCUGCAUCAAUGACUUUAUAUCAAUGUCAACAGACGAGUCAGAGCGAGGGUCCUCAGCUGUCUCUGUCAGAGGCUGUGAGUCGAGCUGCUAGAGCUGCUGGCGUCCUUCCUGUCACACCGCCACUCAGCCUGCAGGGGGAGUUGGAGAGGCCAGAGAUCCAGGAAGAGUACACCAGACAGGUAACAUGCAGAGAUGCUCAUCUAAUACAGGAGAGCUCUGAGUGAUGUCACCUUAAAUACCCUCUGCACACGUUAACCAAACAGCUCCCUCUAGUGGUCAGAAAAGUGGGCUCUCCCCUUAUCUCCCCCUCUGAAUCUCUCCCUCUUUCUCCCCCCACAGGUAAAGAGUGACAUCAGUGAGAGAGUGAAGGAUGAUCCAGACUUCAGUUCCCAGAGGUUCCCAAACACACACCGAGCUUUCUCUCUGGAGGACUCCCUGAACCCUGAUCCAUAGUCCUGAUCCAGUGUCCUGAUUGACAGAGAACCAGGUCCAGACAUCUUCACAUGCUAACUGGAAACUGACCUGAAACAUCCCAUAAUAACCCUGAGAUAGAGGAGCUUCAUUCAGUCAUUCUUCCUCCUCCUUCGUCUGUGGUUCUCUCAGACCUGUGGACUAUGGACCCCUCUGGAUCCUGGACCUGGAUGAGCCUCUGCACUUGGACUUUCUGAGGAUGCGGGGGUCAGGAAACCGAGAGAGGAAAUAAUCCGGAUGAUUUAGUCUGAGAUCUGGUCCUCAGCAGGUCUGAGGGAGUCUGAGUGUCUCAGAUCCAGAACCCUCAGAGGAUAAGGCCCCCCUGUCUUCAUUGAUAGUGAAGCUCUAGCUCAUCUCUGUAGAUUUAAAACAUCAAAACUCUGAGAUUUUAAACUGCUGCUAACCCACAAACUCCGACGAUUAACGUCAGAAGAGUAAAAAUCUCUAUAAAAAUCAGGAAGGAGGUUAAAGUUCAGAGUCAUGGUUUUAUAAAAACUGAAGCUCUGACUGGACUGAAGGUAAAAACCUGACUUCCCAACAGACUUUUGAGAUGAACUUAAAAUUGACCAGAAGACAGUGAUCCAGUAACAAAGCUGUGGCAUCACAAUAAAAAAAAAUUACAAUUAGGAGGAAAAAAACACGAUUAAAUCAGAAACUAAAAUCUGAACUCUGAAAGUGUUUCAACCUUUAAAUCCCUGAACGUCAGAAAACAUGUCAGCAAGUUCAUCUCCAAGUCUGGACUCGGCAUUUUACAGUAUUUCACCCUCACACUGUACAUAUGACAGGAUGAAUCUGACAUCCAUCCCUGACUCUUAAGAUAGAUGAAUUUAUUUUUAGCUGUAGAUGAUUUUCUGUGUAGUUUUACUCUGUAAAGCUGUGAGUUGGUUUCCAGAGCUGAUCCUCCAGAUUCAGUCUCUGUAUUUUCUGAAGGUAUGUUUUCAUCUUAGAUGUACCUGUAUAAAAGGUGACUGUACAUAGGGAACAGGAAUGAUGUCUCUGUUAGUGUCAGUCAUGUGACCAAAGUUUACUUAUUUAUUUUUUUUAAGAAAUCAGAUGAGUUCACAUUUCUUGUAUUUUAGAGGUUUGAGUAUUUGAACAGUUUGACUGAUCAGGAUAAACUUCUCUAAUGUGUGUAUAUAAUACUUCAUAUGUCAGUGUAUUAAUACAUACAUGUAUAUGAUAGUACUGUCAAUAUCAGUAUAAUAAUAUUAUUGAUAAUAAUACUGUACUUUAAUAAAUGACAGCUACUCAGGUGAGUGUACCUGUGUGGAGUCUGUCUUGAUCAGCUGAUCA